AUGUCACGCCCUGGGAGCACACGAACAGCUUCGACCAACAUCGGUCGCGGAGGCGAACAGCGUAUUUUGGAAGGCAAACUUGCCAUCGUCACUGGUAUUGGUGCGGCCACUGCAGAGAACCUUGCCUCAAAAGGUGCUUCGGUGAUCAUCAAUUUUACUUCUGACUCUUCGGCCGACAAGAGCGAAAAGCUUGCCAGACAGCUCUCUACCAACUAUGGCGUCAAAUGCCUGCCUGUUCAGGCCGACAUGGGUACCGAGACCGGCCCUGCACAUCUGAUCAACAUGGCUAUGAAUCAUUUCGCUCACCCAAAGACCCACAAAAUGCAGGUCGACGUUGUGGUCAACAACGCUGGGGUAGCCUCCAAAAGCGCGUUGCAGGACUGUACCAGUGAGGAAUUCGCACGGCUGUACAAUGUCAACGUCCGAGGCCCUCUACUUCUCAUGAAGGCCGUAGAACCACAUCUUCCGCAUGACCGAAGCGGACGGGUAGUGAACGUCAGCAGUGUCAGUGCUGCUCUUGGCUUUGAGGAAGAUGCCAUGUUACGGUGGCACCAAGGCUGCUCUCGAAGCCAUGACAAGAACUUGGGCACGGGAGCUCUCUGA